ACAGAUUGUCCGAACGCGCAGACUCCGAAACGCAGGUCUUCUCGCUGACUCGGCUUCUGUUACGCACAAAGCACAAAACCAAAGAACCCUUUACCCGCUUCUUUUAACUCUUCAUUCUCCAAUUCAAUUACCUCAAUUCCUCUUUCAUGGAGAUUCCACGCACAAACCUUACUCUCUCCUUCAUUUUCCUCUGUCUCACUCUAGUCUCUGCCCUCUCCCUGUCCUCCUUCUCCCCUACCGAUAAUCAUCUUAUCAACUGCGGCUCCUCUGUUGACGCUGCUGUUUACAGUCGCCACUUCGUUUCUGAUGACGACUCCUCUAAUCCCAACUCGCCGCUCCUCUCUGCCACCCGGACGAUUCCACUUGCCAACCAAAAACCGGCCCCCAGUUCACACCAAAUCUACAACACGGCUAGGAUUUUCAAGAAACCUUCCAAGUAUGCUUUCGAGAUCAAGGAUCCAGGAACCCACAUGGUACGCCUUCAUUUUUACCCUUUCGUCUCUUCGAAUUUGGACUUAAACUACGCUCAAUUUCACGUUCUGGUUAAUGGGUAUGUCGUUUUGAGCAAUUUUACUGUGGCGAAUGUAGCGACCCCUCUGGUUAAGGAGUAUUUUAUUUGGGUUGAGUCAAAUAAACUUGUUAUUACUUUUUUGCCAACAAGAAGGAAUGAAUUUGGGUUUGUUAAUGCAAUUGAAGUGAUGUCUGCACCUAAAGAUUUGAUUGCUGAUAUGGCAAUUCUUGUGAAUGGCAAUAAAACUGAGAAAUUUGAUGGUUUAACCAAGCAGGCUCUUGAAACAUUGUAUAGGGUGAAUGUCGGGGGUCCAAAAGUGACGCCAUUUAAUGAUACAGUGUGGAGAACUUGGGUUCCCGAUGAUGGGUUCUUUGAAUCAAGUGAAUUGUCGAGCAGGAUCUAUUUCAGUGGUCGAAUUAAGUAUCAAAAUGGAGGUGCUAGUCGUGAAGUUGGUCCUGAUUUUGUAUACAAUACUGCUAGAGUAAUUUCUAGCACAAAUGCUUCGAUCCCCGAUGCAAACAUGACAUGGGAGUUUCCAGUGAUGGAGGGUUAUCAAUACCUUGUUAGAUUGCAUUUCUGUGAUAUUGCUAGCAUGUCGCUUGGUUUGCUGUAUUUUAAUGUGUAUAUCAAUGGGCAUUUGGCAUAUGAAAAUCUGGAUCUUUCCUCUAUUACAUAUAUGCUGGCUUCCCCAUUUUAUGCAGAUUUUGUUGUUGAUAGUGAUGGCUAUGGGUUUUUAAGAGUGAGUGUUGGACCUUCAAACAUGAGCAUGGUACACACAGUUGAUGGUAUCCUGAAUGGAGUGGAGAUCAUGAAGAUGAGUAAUUCAGUGGGUAGUCUUGAUGGGAAAAUGUGUGCAGGGAUGGUAUUGAGAAGUUGGCCAAGAGGGAAUUUUGGUAUUUUGUUUCCUCUAGUUGCUGUUGUGUGUCUGUUGUUGAGCUUAUCCGUGCUUAUGCAUAAGAGGACAGUUGGUACAAGGGAUUCUGUUGCCUGGUCUAAAUUGCCAACUGAUGUCCCAGAAGAUAAUGUAAAGCCUAGCAAUGAAUAUUUAUCUGGCAAAGUUGAUGUUUCUUCAAGAUCAACAGAUUUUUGAAUGAUGCAAAUGGUCAUGCAAUAGUAGGAUGAUGGUGUUCUUAGUUUCUUACUUUGUGCUAUUAAAGGUCAUGGAUGGUUCUAUAACUUCUAAUGUAAAGUCUCUAAUUCUAAAGAGAGCUUAUUGUACUUGGAGUUCGUUGAAGAGGGAAUUUGCGAGUUGUAUUUACAGCAUAUAGUGUAUUGGCAAAUAACCUUGGCGUCUCAUCGUUGUUGUCUUCCUCUGAUAAUGGAUUGCCCGUUACUAUAAAGAGGUUCUUUUCUUACCA